UUCACCCCACACGACCCCGACCGUCUUGCUCUUGACUCUGUCAACCUUUGAUCUUCAUAAAUUAGUCCAAUUACUCUCCCCAUAAUCCUCUGUCUCUCUCUAAACAAUAAUUUACGAAAAAAAAAGAAAAAAUGCAGAUUCUUCACAAUCUCUCAGUUUUUGCAAAUUUUUGCGUUCUUUUUUACAUGAUCAUCAGCCCGUUUUCAGUCACAGCAAACCCCAGUCACGAUUUCUCCUAUUUUGAUUCAGUGCUUUCUUAUUUAAACAGGCCCUGUUUCAAAUCCAAUUCUUCAUCGGGAAAGAAAUCCUUGAUCCCAAAUUUGAAUACAGAUUGCAGUAUAUGGAACAGAGCUUGUUCGGAGGAGAUUUUGAAAUUUGCAAAGAACCCAGAAAAUGGAAAAUGGAUUAAAUCAGUGAGGAGAAGAAUCCAUGAGAACCCAGAACUCGCUUUCGAAGAAUUUGAGACGAGUAUGCUUAUUCGUCGAGAAUUGGAUAGAAUGGAAAUUGAUUAUAGGUUUCCAUUGGCUAAAACUGGGAUUAGAGCCAUGAUUGGUACUGGGGGGCCUCCUUUUGUUGCACUCAGGGCAGAUAUGGACGCUCUACCAAUUCAGGAACUUGUUGAAUGGGAGUACAAAAGCAAAAACGAUGGUAAAAUGCAUGCGUGCGGACAUGAUGUGCAUGUGGCCAUGCUUAUUGGUGCGGCAAAGAUUUUGAAAGCGCGUGAAAAGCAUUUACAAGGGACUGUUAUACUACUCUUUCAGCCAGCUGAAGAAGCUGGAAAUGGAGCAAAAAGGAUGAUGGGAGAUGGAGCCCUUGCAGAUAUCGAGGCUAUAUUCGCAGUGCACGUAUCCCAUCAGCUCCCUACCGGUGUCAUUGGGUCAAGAACCGGUCCUUUACUCGCCGGUGUUGGCUUCUUCAGAGUUGUUAUUACUGGUACACAGGACCAAGUGAGAAGCCCUCACCAGUCGGUUGACCCCGUCUUUGCAGCUUCAGCAGCCGUGAUCAGCUUACAGGGUAUCAUUUCUCGAGAAACGAAUCCUUUGGACUCUCAGGUGGUCUCGGUAACUUUCUUUAACAGUGGAGAUGAUCUUGAUGUUAUACCAGAUAGUGUUGAGUUUGGUGGCACCUUAAGGGCAUUUUCUAACACGAGCUUCUACCAACUUGUCAAAAGAAUAGAAGAGGUAAUUGUAGACCAAGCUCGGGUUUUCAGAUGCUCUGCCACAGUCGACUUUUUUAAGGACACAGACACAAUUUACCCACCAAUGGUAAACGAUGACCGCAUGUAUGAACACGUGAAGAAGGUCACCACCGAUUUGAUAGGGCCCGAAAAUUUCAAAGUCGUCCAGCCAGUAAUGGGGGGUGAGGACUUUUCAUUCUACUCCGAGGUGAUCCCAGCAGCCUUCUACUACAUCGGCAUCAUGAACGAGACUCUAGGCUCGGUACACUCGGCACAUUCUCCACAUUUCAUGAUCGAUGAAGAAGCGCUCCCAGUAGGUGCAGCAACUCAAGCUGCCAUAGCCGAGAGAUACCUCAGCGAUCGUCAUGAUCUAAGCUAACUAAAUUUUGGUGCUUAGGGAACAUAGUAUAUAAGAAUAACCUAGUUUUACCUGCGUAUGAACAGGAGAGUUAGAGAGUAUGUUUUUUCACUGUGUGUAUAUAUCGUCUCAUGCCAGCAAGUUUUAUUUUCAUUUAUUCAUUUUUUUCAUUCUUUUAAUGUAAAAUUCGAGUCUUGCCAAUAAAGUUUACUCGUGCAUGAUCACCGAACA